AUGGACGAGCCCCAGAAGAAGCCCGGCCAGCGGCACGAGGGCCGGCCCCGCAAGGUGAGGUUCAAGAUCUGCUCGGCCUACAGCGGCCGCGUGCUGAAGCAGGUCUACGAGGACGGGCAGGAGCUGGAGCCCCCGGCCAAGGAGCACUCGCGGCGCUUCCUGCGCCACAGCUUCGAGCCCGAGGAGCCCCUCUGCGCGCCCGGGGAGCUGCCCCCGGGCAGCUGCUGCUGGCCCACGGCCCUGACCGCCCGCAGGAUCAGCGUCCUGCGCGAGGAGCAGCCGCAGCACGGGCACCUGGGCAGCGCGCCCCUGCUCAGCCACUGCCAGCCGGGCGCCAGCCUCGGCAGGACUUCCCCAGUUGUAGAUUUUGGCAAGAUCAUCAUCUACACCAAUAACCUGAAAAUCGUGCGUGCACCGAUGGACCAGAAAGAGCUCAUGAGAAGAAUCAUCCAGACUGAGGGAAUAAAUGACUGGACGUUCGUGUACCGGGAGAAGAAAGAACGACUUAGUGGUGGAUAUAAAAGAGAUGUGGAGAAUGAGGUCACUUGCAACCAGCAUGUGCAGGAGGGCGAUGCUGAGCACGGCUGCUCCCAGUGCAAAGGCUCGGGCUGCGCUCCCUGCUCGCUGUGCCACGGCAGCAAGUUCUCGAUGCUGGCGAACCGAUUCCGGGAGUCCUACCGGGCGCUGCGCUGCCCGGCGUGCGACGAGAGCGGGCUGCAGCCGUGCCGGGUGUGCGCGGCCUGAGCCGCCCCGCGGGGACCGGGGACACCGGGGACACCGGGGACACCGGGGACACACGGCAGAGGCACUCUGGGCACGUCCCACCGCCAGCGGGGAGCUGCUGCUCCGCUCCCCGAGCGCUCCGGGCUGCCCUGGGGCCGGGCUGGGCUGGGCUGGGCCGGGCUGGCAGGGUCAGCGUGCCCCCCACCCCAGGGCACGGCACCCCCGGGGUACCCCUGAGCCGAGGAGUGCUCGGAGCCAAAGCACCCGUGCAGGUGUUCCUGCAGCUGGGACUCGGCCGGGACGGAGCCCGUGCUGCUGGCACUGCCCUUCCUCCCCUGGUGCUGGUGCUGACCACGGGGAGCUCCAGCAGGAGAGGGGCAGGCAGCC